AGGUGUGUUCCACACUUAACACAGUUCCAAGCGGUUUCAUAAUUCCGUCAAGAGAAAUAUCAUGCCGCAUAUACUGCUGUGCACCCUGGUCUCCUUCCUCCUCACAACACAGAGAGCUUCUGGACAGGAAGUUGACACCACGCAUGGCAAAGUUGUUGGUCUGAGCACUUCCGUCCUUGGCAAGACCAUCAACAUGUAUUAUGGUAUUCCUUAUGCAAAACCACCCGUAGGUGACCGCAGGUUCAAGUACCCGCAGUCAUUGGACCCCUGGAGACCGGAAGUCAAGGAUGCACGUACAAUGAAACCGUCUUGCCAUCAACCAGUAGAAACUGCAGAAGGAAUGCCAUGGAGAUCAAUUCCUCUCAACUUCAGUGAGGACUGCCUCUACAUCAAUGUAUGGACACCAGCCAAUGCCACAGCAAGUACGAACCUCACAACCAUGGUAUGGAUCUAUGGCGGAUCAUUUCAGACCGGAUCCAUCAACAUACCUUUGUAUAAUGGACAGUACCUUGCUGCUGAGAAAAACGUCAUCGUAAUGUCCAUGAACUAUCGUGUAGGAGCUCAUGGAUUUAUAUUUCUUGGACCUGAUACGUUUCCUGGCAACCAAGGUCUUAUGGACCAGGCUCUUGCCCUGCAGUGGAUUCACAACAAUGUUGAAAGAUUCGGUGGAGAUGCAAGCAUGAUCACCUUGUUUGGAGAAAGUGCAGGUGCAGCCUCGGUUGGUCUUCACGUGUUAUCCCCAAUCUCACGUGACCGCUUCACGCGUGCCAUUCUUCAAAGCGCGGUCCCAAAUGCAGUGUGGGCAUCCAUCGAACCUUCGCAGGCUAUCAACAGCACUAGAAGACUCGCAGAGCUGUCGAACUGUAAUGCCAAAUCUGAUGCUGACAUUUUCCAGUGUAUCCAAGAUCUACCACCAGAAACGAUAGUAGAAAAGCAGGCCCUCGUUCCAAUUGAUGGUUCCGCACAAUUUAGUCCAGUCGUGGAUGGUUAUUUCUUACCCGAUUCUCCAGCAUCCCUCAUUGAAAAAGGGCAAACAAAGCAAGCGGAAAUCCUUCUGGGGGUGAACAAAAAUGAAGGCACCACAUUCCUCGUGGAGCUUUUGCCAGCAAUAUUUUCUCCAUUUACGGAUCAGCUUAAUGUCAACAGAACACAGUUCCUGGAGACUGUAAGAACCGUUACUACUGGACAGUCCUCUGCCAUUGUCAGAGCUGUUAUAGCUCAGUAUGCUGAUAUCUACGUCCCUUCUCUACACCCAAACUUCGUGGACACUGCUGACGACGUCUUUGGAGACGGGUACUUUAAGUGUCCAGCUACCAAACUAGCUGCUUCACAUUCUGCAAAUAACAAUGUUUACCUGUAUUCCUUUGAUCAAAGAAUUGCAUCGUUCCCACUACCACAAUGGAUGGGAGUUCCUCAUUCGUUCGAGAUAGAAUCGGUGUUUGGGCAUCCUCUCGGGGAUGCCUUCACGUCGACAGAUGUGGAUAAGUCAAUAAGUCGGAGCAUGAUGACUUACUGGACGAAUUUCGCUAAAUCUGGGUAA